GGGAGAGCGCAGCUGCCUCGGCGGCUUCCCAAAGGCGCGGACCCGCGCUGGGCGCUGGAUUCAAGUCCCGGGUGCUGGGCUGCGGAGGUGCUGCGGGCCCUGGAGCAGCGGGUCCUCCACUGUUUGAAAAGUAUCCCUGUGUGUUUCAGCUGAACUGUCUACUCAUCUUCAAGUCAUCAUGAGCCCUAAGAAGCGCAGAUCACAGAGGAUCGCAUUUGAUGAGAAGAGUAAUAUGAAGAUUGAGCACUAUUUUCCUCAGGUCAAUAAAAACCAAGAGAAUAAUUCCAAUACUCCUCAAAUGAAGAUGGGCUCUAAAAGAGAUCCAAAAGAUAUAACUAACACCCAGGCUCAAGGACUCAAAGACCAGACUGUGCCCCCAAAUAAGACAAUUUACAUCACCUUGGAUGUAAGCCACAGGAAACACGUGCUCACGCAUACUGGAGGGGAUAGCUUAUAUGGAGCACUCAACACCCUAGAGGCUGUCAAAAAGGAGAUAAAAACUCAGCAAGGCAAAGAAAUGCUAGUGCUUGGCACGGAAGGCAUUGAAGGAUACAUAAAUCUUGGAAUGCCCCUCAGUUGCUUUCCUGAAAGCUGUCGUGUGCUAAUCACAUUUUCCCAGAGUAAAAGUAGGCAGAGAGAAGGGAGUCUGGUAUCUGGCCGGCAUGGCAAGGUAUCCCCUGAUUGUGUCAAAUUUUAUAUUCACGCGAUUGGGAAGAGCAAGAAGAGGCUCAUUAAGUGCAGGCAACUUCACAAAGAAGGGUGCAAACUCUGCGUCUACGCUUUCAAAGGAGAAACCAUCAAGGACGCUGUGUGCAAGGAUGGCAGGUUUCUCUCCUUUCUGGAGAAAGAAGACUGGAAACUAAUCAAGAACCUGGACUCCAUUCUAGAAAGCACACAGACCGUUGACAACCUAGAGGGCGAGCUCUUUGAGGUGGAAGUUGAGAAAAGAACAGGCUCCGAAGCAGGAGCCGCUCAGAAUUUGGAGUCCGAGGAAAGAAACAUUUGCGUGGUGAGAGAAGAAAUUGUGGCUCAAUACCCCAGUCUGAAGAAAGAAAGUGAAAGAGUCAGAGAAAACUUCAAGAAAGAGUUGGAACAUAAAAAGAGCAAAGUGUCCUUAUUUAAACUGCAUAAGGUAAAGUUUGGGAAACUGACAAAAAACUCUACCCCGGUUAAAAUGCACAAGCUUCUUUCCCAUCUGAGUGAUUCCGUGGGGUACCUGACAUGGAACAACAAUGGAAAUAGGGGUUCUGCUACCUGCUUUGUUUUUAGUAAGUUGUUCAUUUUAACUUGUCGGCACGUGAUAAAUGACAUCGUGGGCGAAGGAAUUGACCCCAGUAGGUGGGCAGACAUAAUUAGUCAGUGCGUAAGGGUGACAUUUAGUUAUGAAGAGCCCCCCGAGAAAGAAGAGAACUGCUUCUUCAUUGAGCCCUUGUUUGAGGUAUCUGAUGCAACUCUUGAUUAUGCCGUUCUGAAACUGAAGGCAAAUGAACAACAAGUGCCUUUGGGACUCUAUCAUAGGGUUGCACCUGCACCGCAUAGUGGCCUGAUAUAUAUCAUCGGCCAUCCGUAUGGAGAGGCAAAGUCUAGUGACGCUUGUACUGUGAUCCCUCUGGAUCAGCGAGUAGGGAAAUUUCAGGACCGUCUUCAGGCUGGAGAGGGAGAAGGCCGCGAUUAUGGUAUGCAAUAUAUCCAUAUGUACACCCAAAGAAGCUUCCAGGACAUAGCUCAAAAUCCGGAGGUGAUUACCUAUGACACCUCUUUUUACUUUGGGGCUUCUGGCUCCCCGGUGUUCGAUGCAAAAGGUUCACUGGUGGCCAUGCACACCGCUGGCUUUACUUCUAAUUGCCAGACUGGGUUAUCUCACAUUGUUGAGUUUGGCUGUACUAUGGACCACAUCCUUUUUGAUAUGAAGCAAAAACACAGACAGUGGUUUAUAGAAGAAUGUAUAAGUCAGGAAGAUGUGGAAAUGAUGAGUGUUGAGGAUUGAGGAUAGUGAGAAUUCAGUGUGUUUACACACUUGAAGGGGAUUACCCACAGCGUUGUUAUUCCAUAGGCAGUGGGGAUCAUUUCCUAAAUUGUAAAAUGGUUAAUUUCAUUUAAAAAAUUACUGUUGUGGAGCACUUACUAUGCACCAUUGCUCAAAACACAUGAAAACUAUAAUCCUAACAAGUGAACUGUUACCCCUAUUUUAAAGUUGAGCAAUGGGAAGAGCGAUGGGAUUACGACACUAGCACUAGUGUCACCGUUGUGUGUGGGUUUUUUCCCCCCAUCUUCUGUGGCUUCCCCUAAGUUCAGUUGCUUGAAGGCAAGAUGUAACAUUUGUUCAUCUCAGUGUCUGGAAGGUGGAAAGUAAGUGCUUAGGAAACAUGUGGGUCAAUCAGUAGCACCACUCAGGGCUGCUGUUAGUCUUAACUGAGGAACUAAAUGCUUGGUUAGAAAUAAUCUUACAGGGAUGCCUGGGUGCCUCAGCAGUUGAGCAUCUGCCUUUGGCCCAGGGCGUGAUCCCAGGAUCGAGUCCCUGCAAGGAGGGAGCCUGCUUCUCCCUCUGCCUGUGUCUUUGCCUCUCUAUGUGUGUCUCUCAUGAAUAAAUAGAUAAAAUUUUUUAAAAAUAAAUCUUACGCAAAAUCUUUAGCAUUUCCAAAAUCCUCAUAUUCCUAAAACUCAGGACAUAUGUGUUCUAAAAUUCAGAGGGUAACAUUGCUCUUCCUGUAUUUAUAGGCUAUUAGGGCAAAGAGAAUAUCUUAAAGAUCAUAGGAUUAUGAUCUUAUGUCCUUAUUUUUUACCUUUUUUGUCCUAGGAUUGCGUGCAGCACAGCACAUUACAUUUACUUGUUAUGCCUCCUGAGGCUCCUCUUGCCUGUUGAAGUUUCUCAGACUUUGACUAGAUGACUUUGACAGUUAGGAAGAGACCUGGUCAGGUCCUUCUGUAGGAAUUUGUCUGAUAACUAGAUGGGGUUGUGGGGUUUGGAGAGUAAAGCCAGGGGGCAAAGUGCCUUCUCACCAUAUCAUUUCAACGGCACAUAUUAUCCACACGAUUCAUGACUUGGCGUUGGCUUUGAAAUGCUGGCCAAAGUGGUGUUGAUCUCUGCAGUAAAGUUGCUCUUUCUCCAUCCUUUCUAUUAUGUACUCAUUGGAAGGAAGUUUUAUGCACAACCCACACCUAAGGAGUGGGGAGUUGUGUUCCCCUUCCUUAUGUCGGAAACUCCUGUGGUAUCUACACAUUCUAUAUGGAGUCCUUCUGCAUGGGAGAUUUGCCUCUUCUCACCCACUUAUUUGUACCAUAUGGACUCAUAGAUCUACCUGAGUUGUAAUCCAAUACUACCUUAUUGUGUUGGCCAAAUUGUUCCAGCUUUGGUCAUUGGGAGCCCUUGGGUGGGUUCUUGUGCCCCCUUUGACAUAUUCCUAUUGGAGUGUUGUUUGUCUCCUAGUUUUUUGAGCACUUUUUAGUUGCAGUCCUACAGGAUGCUCCAGGCUCCUCCUAUAUAUUUCCCGCCCCAGCCCUAGAAUCAGCCAUUUCUCCAAGGAACCCUGGUUACUUUUAAUGGAGAAAAGUGUUAGAAACCAAGAUCUGGGGGCACCUGGGUGUCUCAUUCGGUUGGGCGUCUGCCUUCAGCUCAAGUCAUGAUCCCAGGGUCCCAGGACUGAGCACCUCCUCAGGCUCCUUCCUCGGGGAGAAGUCUGCUUCUGCCUCUCCCUCUGCUCUUCUCCCCACUUGUGCUCUCUCUCUCUCUCAAAUAAAUAAAAUCUUAAAAAAAAAAAAGAUAAGAAACCAAGUCUGGGCACUAGGUAUGCUUGUUGCAUUUGGGUGUUAUUUCUUUUAUGCUCACUCAGCAGACAGAGAAAAGAAAUAUGUGUGUGUGUGUGUGUGUGUGUGUGUGUGUGUAUUAACUCAUGUACAGUCAUCCUCCCCAGUACAGUCUUGGCUUUGCUUUCUGGGGCUUCAGUUGCCUGUCUGUGGUCAAAUGCAGUCCGGAAGCAGAUGAUCUUCCUUCUGACUUAUUGCCAGAAGGUCAAUGGCAGCCUAACACUGAGUCACAGUGCCUAUGUCAUCCGCCUCACUUCAUCCUAUCAGGGAGGCAUGUUACCAUCUCACAUCAUCAUAACAAAAAGAAGACUAUAUGGUACAGUAAGGUAUUUUGAGAGAGGGAGAGGGGGGCAUUUACAUAAUUUUUAUUCCAGUACAUUGUUAUAGUUGUUCUUAUUGUUAAUCUCUCACUGUGCCUAAUUUACAAAUUAAACUUUAUCACAAGUAUGUGCAUAUAGGAAAAACAGAGCAUAUAUAGGGUUUGGUACCAUCUAUAGUUUCAGGCAUCCCCUAGCGGUCUUGAAACAGAUAAAGGGGAGGACUACAGAUAUAUCUAGAUAGAUACCUAUAUAGGUAUAUAUGUCUACAAACAUUCCUGUAUGUAACUAUCUAUAUGAUAAUAAAUUGAACAUUCUUACCGAUGUCUCCCACUCCAGUCCAGUACCACAUGGAUCAUUUUUGCCUCCGCCGUUGAACUUAUCCGUGAACUCCUAGGCCAACAGUGAGAAACAUGGCUCCUACCAUCUCCCAUCCACUUAAUUGCUUAAUUCAGUAUUCAUACAAAGCGGCGUCAGAGUUGUUCACCUGCACUGGGGUGGGAAAUAACGUUAUCAACUACAAUACAAUGUAUGGGUGUCGUCUCUUUUGCCUUUAGUCUUGCAGACUCUCUCCCAGAGUCACUGGGGUCACCAUCAUGUGAGGAGUUUUGUACAUUUACAAUGCAGUAGGGUUCUCUUGUCAUAGUCUGUCCUCUUUCCUUUCACUUCUCAAACCUAAGUGAUAUUUAAAAUUUGCAUACAUUGGGGCACCUAGGUGGCUCAGUUGGCUAAGUGACUGACUCUUGAUUUUGGCUCAGGUCAUAGUGUCCUGGGAUCGAGCCCUGCUUUGGCCUCCACACUCAGUGCAGAGUCAGCUUGAGGAUCCUCUCCUUCUUCCUCUGCCCCUACCCUUGCUCACAAUUUCUCUCUAAAAGUAAAUAAAUGAAUACUUCUUUUUAAAUUUGCAUGUAUCAAGGUUCUCUGCCCAUGCUGGGAGUUCAGCAGGCAUUAACAAGUGCAUGUCAUGUCUCCACCAUUACAAUAUUGUAUAGAAUUGUUUCUCCAGCCUCAGAGUCCCCUGGGUUUCAUCUGCUUAUCCCUCCCCACCCCCCGUCCUGAGUCCCUGGGGACCAGGGAUCCUUUUACUAUCUUUGUAGUUUUGCCUUUUCCCAGAAUGUCAAUGGAGUGGAAUCAUACAGUAUGGAGCCUUUUCGGUUUGACUUCUUUCACUUAGCAAUAUUUAACUAAGGUUGCUCUGCUUCUUUUGAUGGCUUGAGAGCUCACAUUUUUUUUGCCACUGAGUAACAUUCUGCUGUAUGGACACACUGCAGUUUGUGCAUUCAUUCACCUUUUGGAAGAUAUCUUACUUGCUUCAUUCAGUGCUAAGUGAUUGUGAAUAAAGCUGCUAUAAGCAUCUGCAUACAAAUAUUUGUGUGAACCUAGUUCUUGACUCCAUUGGGUAAAUACCUCACAGUAUGAUUACUAGACUGUAUGGUGAGAUUGUUUUUAACUCUGUAAGAAUCUGCCAAACUGUCUUCCAGAGUGGCCAUGUCAUUGUGCCUGCCCAGCAGCAGUGAAUGAGGGUUCCUGUCUCUUCACAUACUCACUAGUGUUUUGUGUUGUCAGUUUUUUGGAUUGUAGGCCUACUAAUAGUGUUGGAAUGCCUGGUUUUCUUUAGGGGAUUAAUGGGAUUUAUUCAUGAAAUUUGAGCUGCCUUGGAUGUGUCUGUACUUACAGUAUCAGUC